AUGAGUAAGAAACUGAUGCAAGAUAGCAAUAUUGAGAAGGCUAAAUGGAGUACAGAACAUGUAGAGUUAUUUUUAGAUUUAUGUGUUAUGGAAGUUAUGGCUAGAAAUCGUCCCGGUACUCACUUCAACAAAAUAGGAUGGUCUAACAUGAUCCAAAAGUUCAAUGAUAAAACCGGAAAAUAUGACAAAGCCAAAUUGAAGAACAAAUGGGAUAGUCUUAAAAAGACUUGGAAAGAGUGGCACACUCUAAUUGGAAGGGAGACUGGCUUAGGAUGGGACAACGAGAAGAAGACGAUUCAAGCGAGUGACGAAUGGUGGGAUAAAAAGAUAAAGUUUAUCUGUACCUAUCCUCUAUCACUAAGGAGAUACUUCCAACAGGCUGAACAUGAAGUUAAUACCACACAUUGGAUAGAAUUUGCUUAG